AUGAGCUGUUCACCAAAACAAGUCGACGUCAAGGAUCCUGGAGCCGGCCCAGGUCGGAAGCGUGCGUUGAAAAAUAGUUUGAAGGAGCCAAAUGGUUCCCAAGUCAAGCGCAGAACGGUCAAAGACGAAGAACAUCUCUUACCGCCGGUUUCUGCCAAUGUAAAGGCAUCCAAUGCGACUGGAAUAUCUCCAGAAUCUAAAAAUGCAGUUACCGGCAUUAUGGAAAAAACUGACUCCGGUGACACAAAGGUGGUCACAGCGGGUCCUACAGGUCAUCGACCGGUAACUUCUUGCACACAUUGUCGACAACACAAGAUCAAAUGUAAUGCCAGCGAAAAAUUUCCCAACGCAUGUUCUCGAUGCGAAAGAAUGGGUCUGAAAUGUGAGAUAGACCCAGGAUUCAGGCCGAAAAAGGGAUCACAACUUCAGAGUUUACGCAGCGAUGUGGAAGAGCUGAAAUUGAAAGUAGAGUGUCUGGCGUACAACGAACGGCUCAUCGCUUAUGCGCUAGGGAAAAGUGAGUGGGGCCGGAGUCUUUUGCAGCGUGUCAAGCAUGCUGCAAAAUCUACAGAAAACAGUCCGGAAAUCUCGAAGAACACCGGAGACGCUAUCAUCAACAAAGACUCAUCUUUCAAAGUAGCGGCUAAAACCUUUUUAACUGGAGAACCAACUUUAAUUCAAUCGGCUGGCCCGAAUGUUCAAAACGAAUUAGAAUCUUCUGCGGAGCAAGGGCUACACAUCCCCAAGAUCAGUGUUGAUCCUUCUGUACUCAAAGAUGAAUCACUUCCGAGAGUUUUGAGGAUUGCUCUCAAGAGACAUGCAUCAAAAUAUACCCCUUCUCCUGCUAACUCUACUGAUGCUACGAGCCCCGAACUUACCCCCGAUAACAAUGGUGCACAAAUUCCACUAAGCAAUGAAGAACAUGUCGUCGCCACCACAAACGCGGUACAGCCAUUGCCAUCACCACAGGCCAGUAUUGAUGAGUUCAUAUUGGGUGAUGUCCGAAUAUCUCUGAAAAAAGCAAAUGAGCUGCACCGCGUUUUCGUUGAGUCGUUUUUACCGUACUUUCCUAUAAUGUACUCCAAUACAGCUUUGGAGCUUUAUUCACAGUCUCAUCUACUGUUCUGGACCGUCAUGCUUACGGCGUGUCUAUCAGAGCCCGAACCAUCGCUUUAUAAUAGAUUGGCGUCAUUGAUCAAGCAAUUGGCCAUAGAAACUUGUUGGAUUCGGACGCCGCGGUCGACUCAUAUAUCACAGGCAUUAUUAAUACUUUGCACUUGGCCUUUACCCAAUCAAAAAGUCUUAGACGACUGUUCUUACCGGUUUGUGGGGCUUGCAAAAUCGCUUUCCUUUCAAUUAGGCCUACACCGAGGCAAAUUCAUGUCUGAAUUCACCAGGACUCAAACUUCAAUGCCCAAUGCAGAGAAAUGGCGUACGCGUACAUGGUUAGGCAUCUUCUUUGCAGAGCAAUGCUGGGCCAGUAUCUUAGGUUUACCGCCCACUUCUCAAAAUGACCAUCUGAUAGAACUAGCUCGUCUUCGCGAGGAUGAAAGUGCGGUACCUAGCAGGUUCAGACAAUUGAUAUGCCUGGCAAACUUUCAGUCCAGGUUAUGUGGAACAAUGGGUUCAAGUGUCACGACGCCUGACGGCUUACUAGAUGCACAAGAGAGGGGCGGUGCGCUACAGUCUUUAAGAACAGAAUUGGCAAGGCUACAGGCCAAAUUAAAAUUUGAUCAAGAUACCGUGAUUGAAAUGUAUUUUCUCUACGUCAAACUUAUGAUCUGCUGCUUUGCAUUCCUUCCUGGAACUCCAACUGAGUAUCAAAAAGAAUAUGUUGAUGACGCCUACUUGAGUGCGACGAAGGUAGUGACUCUUCUUACGAAACUUUUGGAGACCACCAAUUUGAUACAGCUUCCAAUCUAUGUUCGUCAGAGUGUCACAUAUUCAGCCUUAAUUCUGUUCAAACUUCAGUCAACUCCAUGGAUGCCUGAGAAAUACGUGGACUCAGCACGCCAAUCUGUUGUAACUGUUCACCGGCUGUACAGGAACCAGCUAACAGCGUGGACCGCUAGUGUGGAAAAUGACAUAUCUCGGACCGCUAGCGUACUGGAGAAGUUGAACUUUGUGCUCAUCACGCAACCGGAAAUAUUCAUGGAGAGCGAAGGAAUCAUCACUCGUAUGAGAUCUCAUUUGACAGGCACCUUGUUUUACGAUCUAGUUUGGUGCAUUCACGAAGCCCGCAGGCGCCAAGCAGACCCAAAUUCCAGGAAAGAAGAUAAGAAUCAAGACCAGGCAGCGCGAGAAGUAGAGACAAAACGAGAUAAUGGAAAGGAUAGCAAAAUCUAUAUGAAAAGACUGUGUCCACUACCAUUUUAUAAUCAAAUCUCUAAAGAAGAUUUUGAAACCAUCACACAAACGACUCCUGGGGGCACUACUGUCACCACAUUAAUUCCUACGCAAAAUGCUAUCCAAGAGGCAAAGAGACUAGCGAACAGCCAAGGGGGGAAAAAGGGCCCUAUAAAAUACAUUAACGGAAUCCCAAUUUCAGUUUUAGAAGAGACUGGGAGCAUGAAUCAGGAUGCAGCGCGUUGGGUUGCGGAUGAACCUCUACAUGUUGCUGCACCCAUGCGCCCUGUUACACCCAGUAAUGUGAUCAAAACAAGUGCUACCGCAGAAGACAUCAACCGCAAAUCGCCAUCUCUUUUUGCGCAAUCUAUGCAACGGUCCGCCAGCACUCCGGUUGCCGCAGAAAUACUAGGCCGCGGGCGGGGUCCCACAAGCGCAUCUCCACCUCUGGUUUUGGAGAAUACGCAUUCGUUGUUUGCAGUCAACAAUUCAAAUGUACCAAGUGCCAAUUCACAAAGCUUAACGCUUGGGAAACAGGUGAUACCCGAUUUCAUCGCACCUGCAUCUCCGCUCUUGACUUCAAACUCGUAUUCGAGUCUGAAUGUAUUUUUGAGUGCAGAAAACAAUAUGCAUAAUGGCCACAACCCAGGGAUAACUUCGCAAGGUUUGACUAAACCGUCAUCAGAGCUUAACACAUUUUUCCAAGCCCAGAGUGCUGGUUGGAUGGAGCAGAACUCUGCCAAUGAUGAUGAUAUUUUGGGUUGGUUUGAUAUAAACAUGGCGCCCGAAUUUUGA